AUGGAGAAGAUUGCAGCCUCCUUUCUACUCCUGUCUAUUGCUUCAACAGCUUCUGCCUUUACUGCUCAGUCAUGUGGUUCCGUUUCAAGACAGACACUCCUUUCUUCUUCCUCUCCCCAACCCAGUGACUUUGAUUUUGAGUAUGUUUCACCCAAUCCCGAGAUAUCUCCUGACGAAGGCAUCUUCACUACUCCACUAUCAUCCGUCUAUCCACCAGGAACACCCGCUGGAAUGCGGGGAGAAGCAGUUCGGAGUGCGAUUCGGAGUGGACGCUGCGUUGGAUGGGAUUUGUCGACCGAAGCAACGUUGUCACCAGGAGGCGCGCUCAAGAUUCGAGGCAAGGGGACACGAACCUUUCUCAACAACAAAUUGACACAGAGUUUCAGUGCCGAAACAGCCUCAUCAUCCUAUCAAGAAGCUUGUUUCUUGGAUCCCAAAGGACGCGUGGUGGAUCGAUUGCGGGUUGCCUUGGUGGACGAUGAAACGGCCUAUGUCCUGACUUCACCAGGGCACACAAGUGAAGAUUUGCUCAAAAGAUUGGAUCCCUUUGUGUUUCCACUCGAUGAGAUUACAUUGGAGAAUGUGCAGGAUUGCUUUCUCAUGACCUUGGCCAGUGUCCAACGAGAACACGUUCAGAAAGUACUGAUGGAACAGUUUUUGCCAAAGGAUGGAAGCUUUUCGUUUCCAACUCUAUCGGACGAGGCAGUCACUUGGACCUACAACGACGAUAUUUCUGUGGUGGUACUUCCAUCAGUUGGACUUCCUCCCGUUGCUGCUGUGGGAUACACAAUGAUCUUUCAUGGAAAUGGCGCCAAAGAUUUGAUAUCCAAAGAGUGGGCUACAUUAAUUGGAGACGACAAUCCGGACGGACCCAUUGGCAUUGGUGGAUUGGAAUAUGAAACCUUGCGCAUUGAAGCGGGUAUGCCCGCCUAUGGCCAAGAAAUCGGCUCGAAAGAAGUCAAGGCCAGUCCAUUGGAAUUACAUUGGGAGAAUACUAUCAAUUUGGAAAAGGGAUGCUAUCUGGGUCAAGAAGGCAUUGCUUCAAUUCUCAAGAAUCCCCGUGGGCCUCCACGUACUUUGUACUCAGUCAUUUUUGAGGACAGUACCAAUUUGUGGGAAACCCAAUCGCGUGGUGACAGGUCGGGAAUUGAAAAUUUGACUCACCCUCCCAGAGUUGGACAAACCUUGUAUGCACUAGGUAGCAACGAAGAGCUGCUAGUAGGCACGUUGACGUCUGUAGCCGAAGCAGCAGGGACAGGUGAUCCCACCAUUGUGGGGCUAGCUAUGGUGAGAAGGGCAGAUAGCAUUCGCAAAAAGAUGGACGAAAUGGGGAUUGAGAUUUUCAAGGAGCCCCAAGACAUUUUUGACGUUACGGAAUCCAGUGGAAUGAUUGAACCCCCACCAUUGGAUCCCUUGGAUGGCUUGGAAGUCGUUGUUGAGGGAACUUUUACAGUGGGAAAAUUGAAUAUGGUACCGAGUCGAAGGUUUCGCAAGGGGAAGAACAUGUUUGACAUCGACAUUGUCGUGGAAGAUUUUGAAUGCGGCCCACAAAUUUCCUACGCUCCAACGACGGACGAUGAGGCUGAAACUGGUAGUGACGAUGAUGACAACGACGACGACGACGACGACGAGGCAUUGGAUUUCUCCAAGAUCCAGGCAGAGGCUGAAGCAGCCGAAAAAGAAGCAGAAGCCGCAGCGGCAGAAGCCAGAAGAAAGGCAGAGAAAAUGGAGAUGCUGAGAAAACGAGCACAAGAAGCAAUGGCAAAGCGGAAACAAAAGAAGCAAUAA